AUGUGCGGACGGCUGGGAAGUGGCUGCAAAUCCCCGAUGCUCUGGUCGCUCGCCGCUGUUGGGUUCGGCGGCGCGCUGGCCGUCCCCUCGGCACCGCAGGCGGUGUGGCUGCUCGGCCCUGCCGCGAUGGCGCUGCUCGGCGGAGCGCACAUCGACUACCGCGGCGAUGGGGGCACGCUGAGCGCAGAGACGGAGCGCGUCACCUCGCUCCUCCCAUUCGCUGCGAUGGCGCUUGGCGGCGGGCGCGCAGGCUCGCUGCAGGCGCUGGCACGCGAGCUCAAGGUCGAGAACGCCGUCCUGGGCGUGCUGCUGGCGGCGAGGUGGGCGGUGGCAAGGGGGAGGUAG